AUAGUCAGUUCUUAGAGAAUCAGUUUUUUUAAUUAACAAUUCAGAAUUAGCCUUUUGCAGAAACAAACAGGCCCGGCUCGAGCUGGAAGCUUCGUGCGAAAGCAGUAGUGGUCUGUUCGUUUCGUCUCUCUCCAGAUCCCACCGAAAUGGCCUCCUACGACGGCGACGAGGUCUCCGGCCGCCGCAGCCCGCCGCCGCAGCACCGGCCUGCUUCCGGCGGGGGAAGCGGGGACCUGGCGUCGAGCGCGAAGCUCUUGGCCGAGGCGGCGAAGCUGGCCCUCCAGGACCACAGCCUGGAGAAGGUGGACAAGGGCCGCGUCGCCGGCGCGGCCGCGGACCUGCUCCACACCGCCUCCAAGUACGGAAAGCUCGAGGGCAAGCCCGUGGGCGGAUACCUCGAGAAGGCCGAGGGGUACCUCCACCAGUACGGCCGCAAGGAUGGGGGCGCCGGCGGAGGCGGGAAGCAUCAGGGGGAGGAAGAAGGCAAGUACAACAAGAAGCCCGGUGGUGGUGAUGGGGGUUCGGGUGGGAGCCAUGGAGGUGGUAGGUAUGAGGAGGAGGAAGAGGGGUACAAGAAGAAGCCUGGUGGUGGGAGGUAUGAGGAGGAUGAAUACAAGAAGAAGCCUAGUGGUGGUAGUGGCUAUGGAGGUGGAAGGUAUGAGGAAGAGGAGGAGCACAAGAAGAAGCCUAGCAGUGGUGGGUAUGCAGGGGGGAGGUACGAGGAUGAAGAUGAUUACAGGAAGAAGCCAACUAGCGGUGGUGGCUAUGGAGGGGGAAGGUAUGAGCAUGAAGAUGAUUACAAGAAGCCUAUUAGUGGUGGCUAUGGUGGGGGGAGGUAUGAGCAAGAAGAUGACUAUAAGAGGCCUCCUAGUGGUGGCGGUGGCUACGGUGGGGGAAGGUAUGAGGAAGAAGAUGAUUAUAGGAAGAAGCCUAGUGCCGGUGGAUAUGGAGGUGGAAAUAGGUAUGAAGAUGAGUACAACAAGAAGCCAAGUGGUGGCCACGGCGGAGGAAGGUAUGAAGAAGACGAAUACAACAAGAAGCCUAGUGGUGGUGGAUAUGGGUAUGGGACUUCGAGUGGUGGAGGCCAUGGAGGAAGGUACGAAGAAGAUGACUACAACAAGAAGCCUAGUGGGCACUCAGGGGGAAGGUAUGAGGAAGAGGAGGGGUACAAGAAGACUAGUGGCCAUGGGGGAGGGAAGUAUGGCAAGGAGGAAGAUGACAAGAAGAAGAAGCAUGGCGAUGAUGAGUCAGAGGGCGGUGGCAUUGGAGACUACCUAAAGCUGGCACAGGGUUUCAUGAAGAAACAGGACGGGGAGGGUGGCAGUGGUGGUGGUAUGGGAGACUACUUAAAGCUUGCAGAAGGGUUCUUGAAGAAGCGUUGAUUAAUCUUCGCUGUGUCAUGAUUUGGGAGGACUCGUUGUGUUUGGUUAGUCCCUCCCCUCGUUCUGCUUAAUGUCUACAAGUUGUUAAAGUUUCAACAAUUUCUAUCCGAGGAUGUAAUAAAAGUGCAUUGCUCAUGUUGUCUGUGUGUUGUAACAUGAAUGUUUCAUGUGCUACUUAUGAUGCUGGGAACAUAGAAGUUUGGAUGUAUAAUUGUUCAUGGUUUCUGUUAGUUUUUACUUAA